AUUGCGCGAGAGUUCGCCCCACAUUUCAAACCAGGAAACCCCGUAUCGGUCUUUUCCCCAUAGUCGCCGUACGAAAGGAGGUUGGUCCAAAUGAUGCCAGCUAAAGGGCCCUCACAGUCGGUACAAGUCUUCGGACGGAAGAAAACCGCCACUGCUGUAGCUCACUGCAAGCGUGGCAAUGGUCUGUUGAAGAUCAACGGGCACCCCCUGCAGCUGUGGGAACCUGCCAUGCUCAAGUACAAGCUGGAGGAGCCCAUCAGACUGCUGGGUAAGGAUCGCUUUGCCGGCGUGGACAUCCGUGUGCGAGUGAAGGGUGGCGGUCAUGCAGCGCAGAUCUAUGCUAUCCGUCAGUCCAUCUCCAAGGCUCUUGUUGCCUACUACCAGAAGUUUGUCGAUGAGGCCUCCAAGAAGGAGAUCAAGGACAUCCUGAUCAGCUACGACAGGACGCUGUUGGUCGCCGAUCCUCGCCGCAGAGAGCCCAAGAAGUUUGGUGGUCCCGGUGCCCGCGCACGCUACCAGAAGUCGUACCGUUAAACAUGAUCUGGAAAUAAAGAUCCACCUGUUCAUACCUACAAA